UUCUGCUCGCCGGUGACGAGCCGUGACGCCUCAAUGGUUGCCUGGCGCGGCUCUGGGGUUCGGAGUCUGGCGGCUCCUGUCUUCGACGCACCUCUUGUCAGGAGCCGGCGGCUGCGACUGCGCCUUGGUCGGCCGUCGGGGCCGAGAACCAUGAGCCCCGGGGGCGCGGGCUGCUCCAGGGGGCUGCUACUGACGGUCGGCUGGCUGCUCCUGGCUGGCCUCCAGUCCGCAUGUGGGACGAACGUCACCGCCGCCGCCCAGGAUCCCGGCUUGGCCCGCGAGGGCGAGGCCGAGGGCGAGAAUGAGGCGGAGGAGGAGAGCGAGAGCGAGAGCGAGGCUGAGAACGAAGCCCAGUCUGUGGCUGAGGAGGAUGUUUCAAAUACGACAGUAGUCAAAGAAGUAGAAUUUGGAAUGUGCACCGUUACAUGUGGUGUUGGUAUUAGAGAAGUCAUACUAACAAAUGGAUGCCCUGGAGGUGAAUCCAAGUGUAUUGUACGGGUAGAAGAAUGCCGUGGACCAGUAGAUUGUGGCUGGGGUAGACCAGUUUCAGAAAGUCUUGAAAGUGUUAGACUAGCAUGUAUUCAUACAUCUCCUGUAAAUCGCUUCAAAUAUAUUUGGAAACUUCUAAGGCCGGACCAACAACCCAUUAUCCUUGCAAAUGAUUCAGCAAUCCUGGAAGUACACAGGGAAGUUCAUCCCUUGGUUUUUGAGUGUUCUACCUUGGAUAAUAAUGAAAUAAUAGCAUCUGUGAAAUUCACAGUCUAUACAACAAGUGAAUUGCAAAUAAAAAGAUCAAGCCGACCAGACACUGAUGCAGUCCUAGUUUUUGUGCUGACCAUAGGAGUUAUUAUCUGUAUAUUCGUGAUCUUUAUACUUAUCUUCAUAAUUAUAAACUGGGGGGCAGUCAAGUCUUUCUGGGGAGAAAAAGCCUCAACAACUGAGAUACAGUCUGAGCUGAGUUCAACAAGAUACAAAGAUUCAACUUCUCUUGACCAAUCACCAACAGAAAUACCUGGAAAUGAAGAUGAUGCUUUAAGUGAAUGGAAUGAAUGAUAUAUGGAUGAUCUAUAAGAAAACAAAGGAGAGUAGGGAAUAUCAGAUUCAUUACUAUAAAAAUAAAAUAUAUGGUGAAAUACUUUAAUAAUAUUGCAAAUGAUUUCCCACAGUCUGAAGGUUAUGAAAUAUGAGAAGGGGCUGUUUUAGUCAGUGUUAUCUUUGUGAUGAAGUGAUCAAAAAUUAUUUUAAUUUGUUUUCAACAUUUGCCAUUUCAGAUAGUUACUUGGUAACAUUUACCUAGGGGUAUACACACACACAUAAUAUUAUAAACACAUUUGUGAUCAGUUCAAUCACUUCUAAGGUGAUUUGCCUGUUUUGUCCAAAUAAGAAAAAUGUAAUAUAGAAGAUGCCUUGCAUAUUAGACUUUUUCCCUUGUGGGAUCGUUGGGUUGAGCAACUAAAGCAAAUCAUACUUGAGAAUUUCUGAAGGGCAUAUGACAGACAUACAAAGAAUCACUUGUCAGGCAUGAAAUAAUAACAACAGCAGCAGCAACAGCAACAACCACCAGCAACACAUAGUAGCUA